CCACUUCUUAUGCACACCAUAAGCUACAAAUCGAAAGUGGAACCACGCGUUAAUAGCUGGGUGUAUACGUAUUUUUGCGCAGGUAACCUUUUCCACAGAGAGUAGUAGCUGACCAAUAAUCAAGCCAGAUUUAAAGGUGUGAAUAAACAUGGCCACCUUUAAGCUGUUGAAAAUCCUGGAGGGCUUGGAGCUGAAGGAGCUGAAGGAGUUCCAGUGGCACCUCUGCCAGGGUGCAGACAGCUUUGAGGCUAUCCCCAGAGGCAGGAUGGAGAGACUGGACAGACAGGACACAGUAGAUCUCAUGGUGAGAAAGUGGCCGGAAAAUGCAAAGGCCGUCACUCUGGAGAUCCUGAGGAAGAUGGAUCAGAAUGGUCUAGCAGAGCGACUGGUGGUCCAAAGCAGGGCUUAGUUUGUACCCCUCAUCCCCUCCCUCCCCUCUGCUCUCCCCUCCUCUCUCUCUACCAGAAGGAGCAACAGCAGCUGUGGCCUCCUCCUCCUCUCCCCCCAGCGUUUCCUCUGCUGCGCCUCCUUCUACUCACGUCACCAACACAGCCCAGAAUGGAGCCAUGAUCAUAAACCCUACAUUCUCUGGCUCCAGUAUCGGUGGCGGAGUGUCAAUAACAAUAAACCACGCCCCCCCGCCUCCGGCUAAACCGUAGCGAUGGCGUCUCUCCUAAAAGCCAGAGGCAGGUUCAGACUCUCUUGGAAGAGAUCACUUCACAGCAUGAAUGUAAAAUAAUUUUAAAAAACAAAUGUUCGCAAUCCCUCAAAUUAUACAUUAGGUAAUAAAUGGUUUUGUGUCACACUGA